GAGAAAGGCAGAGGGGACCGGGCUGCCACGGCCACCGGCAUCCCGGACACCGCCCCUGUCGCUGCCAUCACCGCUCCCGUCACCGCCGCCCCCAGCCCUGCAGGAACCCCCCGGUGACGGGACGGGUUUGUGUCGCUGGGCACCCCCGAGCUGGCACCCAGCACCCACCAGGGACCGGCCCCUGCCCCUUCUCCUGGGAGGCGGGGAUAGAAUUUGCCGGAGCCUUCUUCUGCCAAGAGCCUGAACUUUUUCGGCCUUAAAAACCCCGGCGCAGAAAUCCCCGGCGGCGGGUGCCAGGGCCGGCAGCUGGGCCGGGCUGUUUCCUCCUCCCGCACUGUUUGUGCUGGGAACUCUUGACCCCUUUUAUAAGCUGAAUAUUUCAAAACAUUCAGCCCACGCUGCGGAAACCCCCCCAACUCCCUCCGCCCCCCCUUUUCCUGCCCCCCCGCUGCCCCAAACUGGACAUAAAAGCGAGUCCCAGUCCCAGCUCCGGGUGAGCAGCGUCAGCCCCCAGCCCCUGUGCACCCCAAAACCCCGCACAACCCCCAGCCGGCCCGAGGAUCGCCGGGCUCUGCAGCCAUGGGGCCAAGUCCUGCUCCCGUCCUUGUCCUCGCUCUGCUGCUGCUGCUCUGGGCCCCAGUGAAUGGGCAGCCCCGGGGACGGAUCCUGAGGGGCUCCGAAGCCAGGCCCCACCUGAAGCCCUACAUGGCCUCGCUGCAGCUGGACGGGCAGCACGUCUGUGGGGGCUUCCUCAUCGCCGAGCAGUGGGUGCUGAGCGCUGCCCACUGCACUGAGGAGACGGAUGGCAAACUCUUCCAGGUGCUGCUGGGUGCCCACUCGCUGACGGAACCAGAGCCCCACAAACGCCUGUACCAAGUGCGUGCCCAGUUCCCCCACCCCGGCAGCAACAUCCACAACAACAAGGAUGACCUUCUCCUCCUCCAGCUGGAGGAGAAAGCGGAGCUGAACUCGGACGUGCGGGUGCUGCCCUUGCAGCGGGAGGACAGGGACGUGGCUGCUGACACGAUGUGCGAGGUGGCGGGGUGGGGCACCAUCGACCACAGCGGGCGGCGGCCGGACAAGCUGCAGCAGGUGCAGCGGCCGGUGAUCAGCCGCGACGUCUGCAACCACCGCACGCGCCACGACGGCACCAUCACCCACAGCAUGAUGUGCACCGACUCCCGCAGGAAGGACACCUGCAAGGGAGACUCCGGUGGCCUCCUGGUCUGUGACGGGGUGGCCGAGGGGGUGGUCACAGCCGGCUCCCGCGUCUGCGGCAACUACAAGAAACCGGCGAUCUACACGCGCAUCGCCCCGUACGCCGCCUGGAUCGACAGCGUCAUGGCCUCUGCCGAUGGGGAGGGGGACACUCGCUGAGGGCACCCCAGGGACCUGCUCCAUGCCACGGCUUGCUGCUGCCAGCAUGGCCAGAGCGCCCACAGUGCUGCCCCACUGCGUGCCACGGGCUCCCACUGCUGCCCACCCCGCUGCCAAAGCGUCCCCACAAGGAGGGCUGGGCCAGGGGACUGGCGAGGAACCAAGGAAGGGGGUCCCUGGCCCCCCACUCACAAAGCACAGGGCCCAGGUGGGGGAGUAUUGGGGGUCACAGCCCUCAACAGGCUUUGCUGAAGGUGCCCAGAAUGCUGCCCGCGACUGCUGCAAUAAAGUGAUGAUGAUUCCUGCAGA